UUUAAAAUCUUAUCCUUUGCGCCGUGCAGCGGGAAUUCAGGUGUUUUCUUUUGUUGUACUGUGUGUUGUACUUGACUUCUUGAGUUGGUGAAAGAUUUUCAGACGUUAAGAAAUAUGGAAAAUAACAGUAGUACUACGGGAAAGCAAGUGGGUUCUGCUUCUCCAUCUUCAUCAUCAAUAUCAUCAUUCAAUCAUGAUCUUUUUGGCUCCAAGGAGCCAGCACCAACUGGGAUUUUCUCUUCAAUUUUCCCACCGCCAUCUUCGGUCAUGGGAAGGAGUGGCUCAACUUCUGAACUCAUAGAAUGUAUCCAGAGGCAUUCUGCUAGAAGCAAGGUCUGGGAUAAAGGAACUCCAGAGAAUCUGGCUAAGAACAAUGAGGAUGAAAGCCAUUGCAUAUCCAACAAGAAAAGGAGCUCAAUAUUUCAAGAAAGAGCAGAACCAUGCCCUUUAAGUUCAUCUUUGUACUAUGGCGGUCAAGAAGAUAUGUAUGUGCAGUCUUCAAAUGCUCAGUCACUGGGCUCAUACCAUGGCAUGGAUCAGUUUAAGAAACACUGGGAAGAGGAUGACCAAAACGGGAACGACUCUCAUUCUGCUUCUAGAGGGAAUUGGUGGCAAGGGUCACUUUAUUAUUAGGACUGCCUUUCAAGCCCCCAGGCUUAUGAAUUCUCCAGUUAUUUAUUAGAGGGAUUUCAGAGGCCUUGGCUGUGUAGUUUAUAUAGACUGUCUUGUGGUAGGUAAAGGCCACUUUUUAGGCAGGAUAUUGUGGACAGAACUUGGAUAUUUUUUCAUGAGUUCUGCCUAUCAUUUGGUACAAAAACUUUCCCUAAUAUAAUUUCGUGCUUGAAAGUUUUAGGAGUUUGUAAUGGAGAAGAUUUUUCAAACUUUGUAAUCUGUUAUUGUCUCCCUAGUCUAAACUAGUAAUUACCAGACUUAACUGUUGAUUUUUGAGUGAAUAAUGCAUAAUGAUAGACCUUUUUGUGGUU